GCGCCAGCCGCGGGAUCCGCCUGACGGCCGGGGCUUGCCCUUCCCGCUGGGCCGUCACUCAGCCGCCACCGCCCCGCCUCGCCGUUCACGAGAGAGCCCGUCCGGCUGAGGCGAAGCCAGCGCCUCGCUCCGCGGCCGGGAAGAAGCUGCCCAAUCCCCGCUCCGCCCUUGCUUCCUUCGUUCCGAGAGAGCCGCCGCCGCCGCCGAGCAGGCAGGCGGGCGAGCCGAGGCCGCGCGCUGCUGGUGGGGCGAGCGCGACUAGGCCUCGGAGCCGGGGCCUCGCGUAGCCGCGCCGCCCGGGGGCCAUGAGGUAGCGGCCGGGCUGGCGGCGAGCGGCGUUCCGCUGUCUCCUUGCACCUGACUGCUCUGCCCCCUCGCCGUCCUCCAUGUGGAUGCAGCAGCGGCUGAAGGGGCUGCCGGGCCUGCUGUCGAGCAGCUGGGCGAGGCGCCUGCUGGCCCUGCUGGGCUUCCUGCUGGUGGCCUACUGGUACCUCGGAGGGGCCUGGCCUCGACUCCUGCCCUGGAGUUCCCGGCAGCCGCCCGGGGGCGCGGCGGGGCUCUGCCUGCAGGCCGAGACGCGGGCCUGGCAGGCCUGGGCGCAGCAAGGGGAAGCCAGGCUGCUGCCCCAGGCCCCCGGGCACCCGGCGGGCAGCGACGAUGCCAGCUCCCCACCCGCCCUGGUGGGCAACGGCUACCUGCUGCUGGACGCCACAGCCAACCGGCUCUGGGUGGCAGCCUCGGCGGGGAAAGGCCCAGCGCCCACCUUGGCCCAUGCCACCGAAUACGCCGCCUUGGCGCAGCUCCGGCCACCGGCUAAUGCUGUCGCUGAAGUGGGGGCUGCCGUGGCCAUGCUGAAGGAAGGCGCUGUCCGUUGGGCUCGGUGUGUCCAGACCGGGCCAGCUGCCUCCGAGGCGGCCGGCGGGGGCUGCGUCACCAUCCGGGAGGAGCUGCUAGCCCACCGCGGGCGCCCCCACCUCUACCUGCAGCGAGUAGCCAUUGCCAACCCCACUGACCGCUUGGUGGCCUUCGAGGUGUCCGGACCGGGCGCGGCCGCCUCCGGGGGAAACGGCGGCGGGAAGUUCAUCACCAGCAUGGAGAAGUCGGGAGACCGGCAGUUCUUCCUCUCCUCUGGGCGGGUGCUGCAGCCCGUGGGCGACAAGGUGGUCCUGGUGGUGGUGGCGGCCAAGAAGCUGGUCAACCGGGUGCAGGUGGCACCCAAGUCCCAGUUCGACGAGACCCUGCUGUCCGUGGUGCACACCUCGGAGCCCGUCGAGGCCGCCCGUGUGGACGAAGCCUUCGGCCGGCUCCGGGAAGCGGCCAAGAAGGAGAUGCUGGAAGUCAUGAGGAUGAGGACAGAGGACUUGGUGCAGGAACACAGGCAGGCGUGGGCCGACCUGUUUAUCUCAGGUGAGAGCUGGGCUGGCGCGGCCCCGGCUUGGAACGAAACGGCAACAUCAAGCUCUAUGGUUUCCCCUCGGUCCAGAACCAGGGCCAGAUCCAGGUUCGAGGCGGGGGCUUUUUGCAAAGUGCCCCCUAUUCCUGUCUCGGUCUGUCCUGGCAGCAGUGGGAGAUGGCCAUAGCGGCUGCGCUGUGAAUUUCCACUAUUUUAAUUGCACCCACCAAAAAGUAAUUCUACAUCAGAGGCAUUGUGGGGCAUUUAAAGGCUGGUGCCCACCUGGUGCUAAUAAGAGCUGAUGGAAGCAUAUUUGGACUGAGUCCCCACCAGCACGCUGGAGCCCACCUGCCGGCACCGGUGCAUAAUUGAGAUUGGAUCAAUGAUGUUUGUCACUUGCACCUUCCACUCUUUGAGGGUGUUGUAGGGAGGGUGAGAUUUGGGAGAUGUGCAUAAACCAUGAGCGAUUGGCCUGGGUCUGUGAAAGAAUAGGAGUUACGCCUGGUAGGCAUUACAUCAGAGGGGUGCCUUUUUCUUGAUGUACAGCAGGGCAGAGGAAGGUGCAGGCCUUCACACAUGGUUGGACUCGUACUCAGCCCCGCUCAGCAUGGCCGGGGGGCGGGACUGAUGGGAGUUGUCACCUAGCAACACCCAUAGGUUCAGCAUCCCUGGUGCACAGAAAUCAAGGAGGAUUAUGUCCAGUAAUAUAAGAAGUGGUCUUAGAUAGAAGUUAGUAUAUUGGACCAUCUACCUCAGUAUUGUCCACACUGGCUGGUAGUGGCGCUCCAGGGGUCUUUUCCCAGCCCUAUGUGGAGAUGCCAGGGGUCAAACCUAGGACUGUCUGUGUGCAAAUUGGAUGCUCUACCACUACCUUUCCAGGAGGAAGUAGUUCUCUUUCUGGUGGGCAGAGGCAUUCUGGGGCAGGUUGCAGUUAGCUUUUCUUCAGUUAUGAUCCUGCAAACGAAAGAUUUGAGAAUGGGCACACAGUUUUCCCUUUUAAAGAAGAACAUGUGAUUGCAUCAAACUGCUCACACUUCACUGUUGCUAGUGCUAAUAUAUUGUCCUUUUCGUAGACUUUAACAGUAGGCUGUCUUGAGAGAGCUAAGAAGUAUAAAUAAACAAGGUUAAGGGCUUGUUAAGCAGAAGCAAGCAACUCAUGUGAUAUUGAUGUUGGGGCGGUUUAUAUCCCAUAUUGCUCAUCAGCUAGGCAGUCUUGUUUCCUGCAUGUGUGCUGGCUUCUUCAAGGAUGCUUCUUAAGCACAUGCAGAGUUCAUCUCCUUCCUUACUGAUUAACUGUGGCCCACUUCCACGCUCUGGGAAAUAAGGAACAGAGCUUCUGGGGCAUGUGAUGUAACAUAUUGGUUUGGUUGUUAGAGCCCUGUGACCUUGCAUUUUGCCCUGCUGUAUAAUCCAGAAUUCUAUGUGGAUGGGCCUGAUAAAAUGCCCUUUCAGAGAAGUGGGAGGGGCUGUCACUUAGCGGCAGAACACACACUUUGUUUGCAGAAUGCUGCACCUUUGAUUCCUGUCCUAAACUCCAGCGAGCGCCUGCCAGUCAGUGUCAACAGUAUUGUACUAGAUGGGCUAACUUGGUAUAAGGCAACUUAUUGUGUUCAAAGGAACAUAGGAAGCUGUCUUCUGCUGAGUCAAGCUAUUGGUCCAUCUAGCUUAGUGCUGCCUACUCCAGCUGGCAGUGGCUCUCCAGGAUUUCAGGGAGGGAGCCCUACCUGGUGAUGAUGAUGAUAAUAAUAAUAAUAAUAAUAAUAAUAAUUUAUUUAUAUCCCGCCCUCCCCAGCUGAAGCCCGGCUCAGAGCGGCUGGUGAGGCCUUCUGUAUGCAGAACAGAUGCUCUACCACUGGGCUGCUUCCCUUCCCUGAGAAUUCCUCUUCCCUUUCCCUCCCUGACUAAUGAGAGUGACUAAUUUUGAGACGACCUUUUCCUCACAUGCUUCAUGAAGCAUUCCAGUGGAUUAAACAGUAUGUCAAUCAAAUCAUCAACUUACCCUUUGGUUCAGCACUUAACACAAUAUGAAUGCUUUAAACUUUAUGCCUGCUUCUAAGGUGUACAUUUAGUUGCCUUGAGAUACUUCAUAUCUGGCGACCAGGGAAGCAAAUAAAUAAUAAGGGAAAUCAACUCGGCAUGUAAACUCUGGAAUUGGCUUCUCCCAAAAGUUGCAGAGAUGGAUGCCAAUUUGGAAAGGGGGACAGACAAAUGCUUGGAGGCUACUAACCACCAUGGUUAGGUUCUUCGCUGUCGGAGGCAGUGUGCCUCUGAAUGCCAGUGUCUGGGAAUCACAAGUGAGCGGUGUUGUUGCACUCAGGUCCUGCUUACAGACUUCCCAGAGGUCUGACAACAGGUGACAACAGGAUGCAGGACUAGAUGGACCUUUGGCCGGAUCCAGCUGCAGAGCUCUUCUUAUGUUAUCAUGUUCCUUUGUUGAUCCUCAGGUCUGAUUAUGAAAACACUGCAGCCUUAUAAAAACUAGUCACGCACUCAGCCGCAUAGUUUUCCUGGGAGUGUUGCAAAGUGGAUUAAAAUAGGAGGCAUGUGACUAUACAGAGGUGCAGUUUCUUGGAGGAGUUUCUCCUCUUAACUCUUCCGUUACAUUUCACUCGCUACCGCUAACCUUGUGACUAAGAUCCUUUCAUUUGUGUGCAAGUGCAGACUUCCAGUUCCUUCACACUUCUAAAUUUGCAGCUGCCUGAGUAGAGAAACAGGAUUUCAAAAGGGGGGAGGGAAGCCCAAGCUAUAAUUCAUGUCCAUCUCUGAGGUUUGAUGUGUGGGCCAUUCCAAGUGGCUUGUCCACAGCCAAGCCUGCCUCGUACGGUGGUUGUAAGGAUCAAAUGGUGGGCAGCCCAUGAAAGAACAGGAUGCUGGACUAGGUGGCUCAUUGGCCUGAUCCUGCAGGCUCUUCUUAGGUUCUUACAUAUAAGAUCUGAGUUAUGGAGGAAAGAUCUCUGUAAUAAUUCUCUGUCCGUUUCAGGGGUCGAGAUGAGGAAGAUCACUGAUGCUCACACCCCCUCGAGUGACACCGUCAACAUGACCCUGUAUUACGUCCUCUCCACCACGCCCUCUCCCCUCCUUGACCCUCUCAUUGGCAGCGAGGAGAGAGAGAAGAUGGAGGCCACCCUGAACUACGCUGACCACUGCUUCAGCGGCCACGCCACAAUGCAUGCCGAGAAUCUCUGGCCAGGCCGGCUCUCAACUGUCCCCCAGAUCCUCCAGCUCUCAAACUUGUGGAAGCUGACUCUCCAGAAGCGCGGCUGCAGAGGCCUGGUCGCAACGGGGGCCCACGGCCUCAUGCAAGGGAUGGUGCUCAGCUUCGGCGGGCUCCAGUUCACGGAGAACCACCUCCAGUUCCAGGCCGACCCCGACGUGCUCCACAACAGCUACUCCCUGCGAGGCAUCCACUACAACAAGGACCUGAUCAACCUGGCCGUCCUGCUGGACUCGGACGGGAAGCCCUUCCUGCAUGUCUCGGUCAAGUUCCAGGACAAGCCAGUCAAGCUGUACGCCUGCGAGGGAGGCUGUGCCAAUGACCCCAUCGAGCUCACAUCGGAGCCACGAGGACACACCUUCCCCAUCAUGGUGACGCAGCCCAUCACCCCGCUGCUCUACAUCUCCACAGACCUGGUCCACCUGCAGGACCUGAGGCACACGCUGCACCUGAAAGCCAUCCUGGACCACGAAGAGCACAUGGCUAAGCAGUACCCUGGCCUGCCCUUCCUCUUCUGGUUCAGCGUGGCUUCCCUCAUCACCCUGUUCCACUUGUUCCUCUUCAAACUCAUCUACAACGAGUACUGCGGGCCAGGAGCCAAGCCGCUCUUUCGGAGCAAGGUAUAAACCCUCACCAGCCGGGCCUGCUUCAGAUGCCUGAUGUUCAGCAGACCGACUCAGCCUCUUGGGUUGCCUUUUGUGUGUGUGUAAUCCAACCCUCCCAGAGCCAGGGAGCCAGGAGUUUUGAACGACCUGCAGGUGAGCAGCAUCCCUGCGUGGAAGGCAACCAGACUUUGCCUGGGAGCCUAUAAAGAGGAGUCUGAACGCUUUUAUUUUCAAUUUUCCAAAUUGCAGUGUUGGGUCCUUUACAAGAAAGUAUCCGGGGUGGGUGCACGCCAGCAGUUUCUGCUUCAUUGGGGUCCCUUGCGGACGGCCUUCACAUUAAAACAAUCUCCCAGUGGCUGUCCCGAAGGUAGCUCACCAGUUGUAACGCUCUGAUCUUGCUGUGUUGCCACCCCAGGACCGUCAAUAGAAAGGGGAUUUGACCAACUGCUAAGCUAGUAUUAAGUGUGUUUGCUGUAUAGACAUGCACACAAUUUCCCUUGAAGGAGAGCAGGUGGUGUUAACUGCUCCCUGUAAAUCGAUCAUCUGUGUUGCAGGUGGCCCUGCUGCUAUUCCUAGAGGUAGGAAAGUGUGUGGCGGCUUAUUAGAUGAGAAGUGCCACGCUCACGGUGCAGUGGAGGUACAGAGGAACCAGUGGAGUAAAACGCCUUUGAUUCUAACUCCUAUGGGGAAAGAAGGCUUUCCUUGACAGGUUAAAUGUUCAGCGUUUGCCAGGAAUCGAAUAGCCCAAGAGGUAGUGAUGGGGAGGCUUCAGGUAGCAGCCUGCUUUUUCCUCCCUCUGGAGCUGAAAUGGCAUGUGGGGUUUGAGCUUUGCCACAUCCCGCAAGACCUGAUGAGGCACUUCGCUUUGGUGCUCUGGAUGGCACUUGGGGGGGGGGUGUCAUCAUUAACAGCACCAAAGGCCGGAUUUUAGUGUUAAAAACAUAGGGGAGAAAAGUGGCAGGUGAGCAGCUCUUUCCAUUCAAAAAACAAAAAUUACAAUCCCCGCCCCACCCAAAUAAAGCAUGCAACCAAGGGAGAGAAGUGGCUGGAAGUCUUUUGCUUAUAGUGUGUGUACUACUGGAAUCCCGGAAAUCCGCAGUGUGCUCUCUUCAUCCACUGUUGUGUGUUCAGGGGGUGUGUCCUUUUUACUCCUGGAAGAUCUGAGGCCCCUGUUGCCUCUUUUGCCCCCCCUCCCCGCAAUGCAGGCCUGUUAACCAUAAAGCAGUUGGUGCAACCAGCAUUGUCGUCACCUGGAAAAAGUUGCUGAUGAAGAAGACUCUAUUCAGGGUGGGGGUUUGCCUAGGUGCCACUCAAAGCACUAGCCCCCCUGGGGCCCGCUUGCAGAUUCUCAACACCUGAAAGACAACAUCACAGUGGGAGUUCAACGUCUUUCAGGUCGGAGGCCAGGAGGUGGAGCCAAGAUUGGGGAGUGGGGAAGAGAGAGACACUUUUGAGACUUUGCUAGUCUUGCUUGGUGCCCUCCAGAUGUUUUGAACUACAUCUCCCUGCGUGCUGGAUGGGGCUGAUGGGAGUUGUAUUCCAAAACACCUGGAAGGCCCAAGGCUGGCAAAAGACCUUACCAAGAGAGAAGGUGGGAGCGGGUAAGAGUUUGCCUGUCCCUGUAGCGGUGCCAUCAGCAGUUUUCUUGCUUAAAACAAAACCUGGAGUUUUUGCACUGCAAAAUGUUCAGCCUUAGAGAUAGAAUCAGUUUGCUAACAUUAAAUGUUUUUGAGAGCUCCUGCUCUCUGUGUGUGCGUGCACACCCACCCAUCAUUCAAGGGGGGGCGCAACUGAGUGUCUUUUCUGACUGUGAGCUAAACAAUGUGGACUGACACCCUGCGCUAUUAACUGAACCAAAAGAUCUCUGCAUCUUGAGUGUGUGAAUGACUCCGAUCUCUCAGCUACCCAGCACUGGACAAGACUUCAGCUGAAGAAGAAGGAACUUUUUGAAAGCAACAUAUGCCCUUUUGUGCCUUGGUGGGAGGGUUCAUGGGUAGGUGGGGGAAAUGAAAACGUCUCUGGUAAGAAAUUAUACUAGCACUUGUGUUUCUUUCCCAUCUCUGUCUCUCUCUUCCGCAUCACUCUCUUACAAGGCCGUCGGCUUCCAUUAGCAUCUACCCUUUUUAGUGGAGAAUACUUGAAAAUUACAUGUUGGCUUGUUUAGCGUUUAUAGGAAAUGAAUAAAAUCCCAUCUUCUCCCCUCCCCUCUCUUUUUUGUUUUUGUGUUUUGGCUGGUUCCCAAUCUAAUUCAAGAUUUCCCCCACCCAUGCCCACAAUUGAAUGUUGGCUCAUUCUUUUCCUGUACUUUAAUUUAUUGUUGUUAAAAAUGUGAUGUUGAUUCUUUGCACUCGCAGUGCUACUCUGCAGAGUGAGUUAACAGCAAUUAAGAAUGUAUAUGUGUUCAUCUCUCACAGGUUAACGCUUGUGCUGGUAAUGAAUUUCUCUGCCUUCUCCGUAAGCAUAAUGUACAAAAUAGUCUACUUUAAUUAGCAUUUGGAGGAAGGGGGGGAGAAAUAGUUAUUGCUCCAAACCUGUUGCAGUGUUCUCUUUUCUAAGCUUCUGGAUUGUGGGGAGACAUAGACUUUCUGAUGAUUUGAAUGUGAUUUGUUUUAUUUAAAACACCAAAGGUUUUGAGGUUGGGUGGGUUGUUGUUUUUUUCUAGGAAAUAAAAACUUUCCAAAUCUAUA